AUGUCACAACACUCGAGUCGCCAGGAAGCUUCAAAUGCGGUCGAAGAAGCAGACUUGAUCUCGGUCACGAUCAACGAGUACAUUGCCGAGAAGCGCCGCGGAUGCGCCAGGUUCCACGCGAAAACGGUCGGGUUCAAGGUGUCUCCGCGAAAGAUCCAACAAGUUUCUUCCGGCUACUAUAGCUUCGUCGGCACAAGCCCAAGAACCCCUCACGUCAAGAUACGCUAUGAUCUAUCGUUGUCGAACAAGUCAGACAUCGCAGACGUAUCUUCUCUAGCAUGUGUCCAGGUCCGCGAGCGCCGUACCUGGCGUCCUCUACGUAAUUGGGUUGAGGUUCGGUGCAAAACUAAGGGCUUUAGCAAGGAGACAGGGCUUGUACGUGCGACGUGA